GGGAGAUUGUGAUGUCGCGUCGGGUGGUAACCUUCCGGUCGGGAGGUAACCUCCCGAUCUAAAUUGUCUGCAAUCAAGACCACUCAUCAAGACACCCAUAAAGUGUCGGUUCACUAGUUCUACGAACCGAAGUUGAUAAUUUUCACUGUGUGAUAAAAAGAUAAGAUAACAGAAUAAAAAGAUUUCAAGUAAUCGCCUCCAAUCGAGGUAUCUCUUCCGUUUGUGGUAACGCUCCCUGACUGGCUUCCUGUAUUUCCCCAUCUUAGUUUUUUGAUGGUUUUCCUUUUCAAUCUUUCCUUUUUGACGUAGAAAAUUUACAGCUUUCAAGUAGCUGCUGUUCCCCUGAUUAUUCCCGGUAAAACGUGUUGCCCUCCUCGUUCGAAGGAAAUUUUGUAGGAGCUAGAGCCUAAGACAUCCCAAUUUGUAAAGAUGGCAAUGGCAACGACACCAACGAGAACGUAUGCCUACCCAGAGGUCUUCAAAGCCAAGGGAAGCGGACCACCGUAUUACAUGUUGGGCGACCAGAAAUUUCAUUUCGAUGCAGAAAUGGGGACAUUACUUGACUCGUGUCAAAAACUCCAAACGAAUUUAACACUCUAUCAACUGUGCAAGCAAAUCAAGAAUGGUGCAGAUGUGAACUGUUGUGAUGGUGGUUGGAGCCCGCUAGAUGUUGCCUACUACCACAAAAACUUUACAACCUUACGUGUGUUACUCGCUAACUGUGCCCUAGUCUGUAAUUUAGCAUCGCCACUUCACUUGGCUAUUGCUGCCGGCUGUACAAAAGAGGUUGAACAGUACUUGUGUAAGGUACAAGGGUUUGAUGUGUCCAAGCUGCCCUCUUUGAUCGGUGAUCGCAACUACACCGAUUUCAGUCCGUGUGUUGAGAAAACGCCCCCUGCCAGUGCACUUACGACUCCGACCGACGAAACAGUAAAUGGCUGUCGUAGUGAAGAAGGACAAACAAUUUCUGAUUAUAUCUUCCAUUAUACGCCAGAAAUGAGAACAAGGGUUGAAGCAAACAUUGAAUUCAUGUUACAUGACUUGAAAUAUUUUGAUUUGGAUUCUAAAGAUUGUAACACUGAGACUCCAUUGCAUGUUGCAUGUCUCAAAGGUAGUGUCUAUCUUACUGAGCUCCUGAUUAAAUGUGGGUCUGAUCUCAAUAUGUGUAAUUCCAAGGGGUAUACUCCAUUGUUAUUUGCUUGCAAUAGCUGUAACCCAGAGGCUGUUGAUCUCAUCAUAAAACUUGGCUGUAGUGUGAGUCAAUUCUGUAGAGGUGAAGAUGGGAAGGUGAGGGGACCAUUGCUUCAUGCAACAAUAGGAAUUGGAAAAUCGAGUGUCAAGGUUGUGCGUAAAUUGCUCGAAAAUGGUUUAGAUGUUCAUACCCGAGAUGCGUGUGACAGAACAGCACUUCAUCUAGCGGCGCUUUACGGUGCUGCUGAUCUUGUUAAGGAGUUGCUAGAAUUCGGUGCUGAUGUGAACGUGCUGGAAUGUAUGGGAAAGACGCCACUCUAUCUCGCAUGUCAUCACCAUCACCAUGAGGUAGUCAAGAUACUCCUAGACGCUGGAGCAAAAAUCGACAACAACACCCACUUCAGCGAUCCAUUGAUCAUCUCUGUUUUGAAAAAUAUUCACCAACUUAAGACGGUUAAUCCAUUCAACUUGUACUGUUCGAGUCAGACAUUCACGACACAGCGUCUAAUUUUGACCCUACAACAUCUGAUCGAUCAUGGGUGCCGUAUGCCGUUCCUCUACAACGACGAACUUCUGACUCAGACGUACAAACACUCCAGGCCUAUUGUACGCUAUCUUGUGAGUGCUGCCUGCAGAGUACCUGGCGCUCCAGAGAAACUUGGUGAAAAACUAUCGACAAAGAUUAUUCGCGCAGAUGACAAGGAUACGGUCGGGGCUCUGCAGAUGGCUGGACUCGAAACGGGCAACUGUCUGGUAAACAUGAGCAACAACCUCUUGAAUAUUCUCUAUGAACCAUUGAGCUUAAAAUGUUUGAGUCGUCUAACAAUCAGAAAAUGCAUUGCAGACAAAAUUCAUGCAACAAACAUUGUCCAGGAACCAACUUCUAAGAUUAAAACAUUUUUCAAAAAGUUUUCCUUGAAGUCGACUGUGGCUUGUUCUCUUCCACAGAGUAAAUUUGAGGAGUUGCCAUUACCUGGGGUCCUCCAAGCAUACCUGGGCUUCCAAGAUCUAGUUGAUGUGGCGUUCCAAAUGGAUAAACCCUUCACUGAGUCUCCAGCUACCCAGCUCCACGAUCAGGCCGCGAAAUUAAAAGCUGAUCGGCGUCGCUUUGAGAAACUGCUCAUGGACGAAGUGAUGAAGGAACUGAGUCAGGAGACCAGUCAAGAAAACCAGGAAAAAAUGAUAAAAUUAAUCUGUAAAAAUUUCUGAUCUCCCUUGCCAUAAGUUUCUCUGAUGAGUGUGAACUGUUAGUUCAGUCGAACCUCUCCGUAAGGACACCCUUCAGCUUGGAACUGACAAAUGCUGUCCUUGACAAGGAGGUGGCCUGAUUACAGAGAUCAAAUAGGAUGUAAAUCCUAGGAUACUUCUUAAGAAAAGUCUCCAAUAUCAUUCAUAUCAUGGGCUACUGCCUUUUUUUUCUUGCGCUGUUAGAAGUCAACAGCAAUGAAAGUUUGUAUGUUUUUAAAAAUAGAUAUUGGCAUUGUUACUGCAGAAUGUAUCUCAUAUUUUCACCUGGUGCAUGUUUGUGUGGUGUGACCAGUAACCAUAAUUACAGUUCAUGUAGAUAAGGUUUUGAAUUCCUGACUUAUGCUACAUGAAGCCCUGCAGACGUGCGCCUUAAAGUAUACUCGAAAAGUUGGUAGUACAUGUAUAGUUGUAUGUUGGUGUACAUUGAUUCAUGUAUGAACUGUCCGCCAUGCGAAUGCUUGAUGAACAUUUGUCAGCCUGCCAUUAUCUCAAGACACUCGUCCUUUAAAUUUAAAUGUGCUAGAAAAAGUGUUGUGAUGGGCCUUUUGCCCUUCAGGCGGCCUAUGAUAAUCAUGGCUUAUCCAUUGUUGUAUUUAUCAUGCUUAUAGAAGUAUUUUUGUGCCACUAUUUGACCGAUACUCAGAUUGUACUUUUAAAGUUAUACAAUCACUUAUCUUUGCUUGGUCUAACAUUUAUGUGAGAAAGCCAUGGUUUGAUAAUUUGAAAACCAAUCUGCUAACAGAAUACAUGUAAAGAUCGCCAAAUUUUUGUAUAUUUUUGUGUAAAAGUGUCCCAAUUGACAUUUUUGCCUGGUAAAUGCAUCAUUGAUUUACAUUGAAGAUAAACAUAUCCGUCAUUAACAGCACAAUUGCUAAUGUUUUACAUCAGAAAUUUAUUGUUUUCUUUCCAAAUUGCACUCACUCAAGAAGACAGAAUAUGUGUUGUUAUCUGUUGUCAUUCAAAUUACUGUUAUAGUAUUACAAAAUGUAUUUGUUAUAAUUACUGCCAUGUGAUCAUAUAAGAUAGGUGUCUGUGAUAAUGUGUAAAUAUAAUGUGACCGGGUCAGCAUAACAUGUCUGAAGUCAACAACAAAGUCUUUUUCUUCAGAACAGAAUAAAAUCUCGGUGGAUAUUACAUAUCGGGCUGUUGCCUUUAGCCCUCAGGUCGAAAGAACCGGUCGAUUCAUGAAUGUAAACCAUUGACCAAUCCAGAUAUAUAGACCAGGCUUGUAGAAAUUAAUAGUGGAGAAAAUACAGAUUUUGUUUCGGCUCCAUGUCCAUCAAAAUUGUUGCGACUUUCGGAUGUAUCUUGGUCACUGAUGUUCAUGAUUAAAUCUUGUUUUACGAUUAAA